GCGUGCGUACAAUUACAAACACAUGUUCGUGUGUAAAGUCAAGCAUUAAUUCUAAUCAAAUACUAUAUUGUAUACGCCCAUGCAUUUUGGUCUGCUACGAAAGUACUUUAGAGUUAUUUCUCUUGUGGAGAAUACUCUUUCUUGCUUGGGCCCUCGUAAUUCUAUAAAUCCUGCACGGAUUACUCAACGAAAAUUAAUACUAGAAUCAUCAGUAAAUUUGCUUUGUUUUCCCCAAAACCAGGCUGUGAACAGAAGGAAAAUGAGCAACCAAUCUGCACGAAAAGUUUGCAUCAUCGGGUCCGGCAACUGGGGCUCAGCCAUUGCCAGGAUUGUAGGUGUGAAUGCUAAGAAGUAUCCAGAGUUUGAAGAUGAGGUUUCUAUGUGGGUUUUUGAAGAGAUGGUGAAUGGGAAAAAGUUGACUGAGACCAUCAAUACUACCCAUAUUAAUGAGAAAUACCUUCCAGGGCACAUUCUACCAGAUAAUGUGGUUGCUAUUCCUGAUGUAGCUGAGGCUGCCAAGGGAGCCAGGCUUCUUAUCUUUGUACUACCUCAUCAGUUUGUCCCUAAGGUGUGUGAGUCAUUAAAGGGGAAAAUAGAUCCAGAUACCAUCGCCAUCUCACUUAUUAAGGGUGUACACAUCAAGGAUAAAGGAUUAGAGUUAAUCUCCGAGAUGAUCUCAUCCUACCUGGGAGGGGUACCCUGUCAUGUACUUAUGGGAGCUAAUCUGGCACCAGAGGUAGCUGCUGAGAAGUUCUGUGAGACAACAAUCGGUUGCAAAGACAAGGAAAAGGGUAUCCUGCUCAAGAAACUCUUUGAGGUAGAUUACUUCAGAGUGGUGGUAGUGGAAGAUGAAAACACAGUGGAACUAUGUGGAGCAUUAAAGAACAUUGUAGCAGUAGGUGCAGGUAUCAUUGAUGGUCUAAAGCUAGGUGAUAACACCAAGGCUGCUAUCAUCCGACUGGGUCUCAUGGAGAUGGUAUCCUUUGCUGAGACGUUCUACAAGAACGUUGACAAGGCAACCUUCCUGGAGAGCUGCGGUGUUGCUGAUCUCAUCACCACAUGCUACGGAGGCAGGAAUAGGAGGGUUGCUGAAGCAUUCGUCGUGACAGGAAAGACAAUCGAAGAGCUCGAGAAGGAGAUGUUGAACGGUCAGAAGCUUCAAGGACCUCAGACAGCAUUUGAAGUUCAUCAGAUGCUCAAAGCAAAGAAUCUACUUGACCAAUACCCCCUGUUUACUGCCAUCUACAACAUUUGUUACGAGGGUCUUCCAGCGACUAAGCUGAUAGAAUCUCUUCAUGAUCAUCCAGAGCAUAUGUUUGAAUCCAAGAAAUCUGGUGCUCGCCUGUGAACCCGAUGAUAGACCAGAGCAACUUUGGCGUUUACUUAAUGCUGGAAACGUUUUCUUUCUCUUAAUCUCCUUUCUCGUAGAAAAUUGUAAGCUCUUGUGUUGAAUACAAAUAACUGGUUCCUAGUAUUAAUAUUGUAAGGUGGUAGAGGUGGAGCUUUCUUUUUAAAGAAAAUACUGAACGAAUUGUUAUAAUUGAAAUUUAUAACGAAAUAGUAAUGUAUUUCUUUAUCUGAAAUAUUUUGAAUUUACCAUAGGCUUUGAUUUGAUAUAAUCUUAUAUUGACUCAUUGUUUUGUAGAUGAAGUGACUUUUUAAGAUUGCUUUAUUUUAUGACUCUGUUUUAAUUUUCUGAUUGUUCCUGAAGUACUACCAUAUAUUCCUCCACAUUAUUCAGUUAUGGGCUUACCUCAACUAUAUCAAGUCUUCCUGUAUCAGAUAUAUAUCAUACAUGUAUUUAAAAUGAUAGAUUUACCGUACUAUUAAGUAUUGAAUACUCAACAGUGUGUGUACAAUAUGAUAUUCAUGUUGUACACAACUCAUCUUCAAAGAUGGAUAGAUAUACUGUAUGUUCUGAUAGUUCUUGUACUGGAAUGUCAUCACUCAGUGGAGGUAAAAGUUAGUAAAGUAUUUUUGUUUUUUGAUAAUGUAAUGUUUAUAAAUAUCUGUGAGGGUAUAAAAUAUCUAUUUGAUUUAAUAUUCGCUUCAGACUGCCCAUAUUUUUUUAAAAUUACAGUUGAAAUUGUUUUGUUGAACUAUAUUCUGUUUAACAACUAGUAUCUUCGGAUAUCAUAAAUAUAAACUUGUUACUAAGCAAGGUAUGAUUCCAUUCUAAACCUUAUGAUCAGGAAACCCCAAAUGAAAAAUAUAUAUAUAUUUACAAAUUUUACACCAAAUCCAUAAACUCUACAUCUGAGUACUUUAAUAAGGAAAUCCUUCAACUGUAGAUUAAUGUUCAAGAUGUAUUCAGUCAUGCCCUCUGGUAGAGAUUGUUGACUUCAAAUAUAUUUCUUUUUAUAGCAUUCUGAAUUUUUUCAGUGAUAUGCCUCUGUUUCACAUAUACAGAAGGAAAAAAAUUAUUUCAACAGUUUCAACAACACCUUUGAAUAAAGUGGUUCCAUGAAGUAUGUUUUCAGGAUUUUCCUGAAACUGAAUAUGAUUUCCUUAUAUACCCAUUAUUUGAUAUAACAUUAAAUAGACAUAUUGCGUACACAAUGUAUACUGCCAUAAAAGAACAGAAACAACAUUCAUUAUUAUACAGGUAGGCCUAUAUCUUGUUCUAUAUGUGCUCCAAGUUGU